CUCAUUAAUUCAUACCAAUGUCAGGUUUACCAGAUACCUCCUAUGGUAUGUCAUUAGAGGUGUGCUACAUGAUGGAAGACUCUAAUGAAGUGUUGGUCUGCAUUGCAGAAUUUAUCAAAGAUCGUUUGUAUUUUGUGACAUUACGUACUACCGUAAAGCCAAGAAGUACACCAAAUACUCAUUACUUCAGUAUUGAUGAUGAAUUGGUUUAUGAGAACUUUUACUCUGAUUUUGGUCCUCUUAAUCUUGCCAUGUUGUAUCGGUAUUGUCAGAAAGUUAAUAGAAAGUUAAAAGCAAUAACACUCAGUAAAAAGAAAAUUGUUCAUUACACGACUAUAAACCCUCAGUUGAGAGUAAAUGCUGCGUUUCUUAUCGCCAGCUAUGCGGUGUUAUAUUGCAAACGCACUGCCGAAGAGGUUUAUGACUGUUUAACAAGCAGCCCGAACAGUCCUCCAUUCGCCAUGUUCCGCGAUGCUUCGUUGGGGGCACCAUGUUAUCAGAUUUCAUUGAAAGAUUGUCUCAGUGCAGUAUAUAAGUGCCAUCAACUGGGUUUCUUUAAUUUUCGUGAUUUUCAUCUAGCGGAAUACGAGCAUUUUGAACGUGUUGAAAACGGUGACCUGAAUUGGAUAGUACCAGGAAAAUUCAUAGCAUUCUGUGGUCCUCAUGCCAAAACUAAGAUGGAAAAUGGGUAUCCGCUGCUUGCACCAGAGUCGUAUUUUGCCUACUUCCGUCGCAAUAACGUUUCCACAAUAGUGAGACUCAACAAGAAGAUCUAUGACGCGGCUAGAUUUACUGAGGCUGGAUUCGAUCAUAAGGAACUCUUCUUUGUAGAUGGAUCAACGCCAACUGAUUCGAUCAUGAGGCAAUUUUUAAAAAUUGCAGAGAAUGCAACAGGAGCAGUGGCUGUGCAUUGUAAAGCGGGUCUUGGUAGAACAGGUUCCUUGAUUGGUUGCUACAUCAUGAAGCAUUAUCAUUUAACUGCACAUGAAACCAUUGCCUGGAUCAGGAUAUGUAGGCCUGGUUCGGUGAUCGGUCAUCAGCAACAGUGGUUAGAGGAAAAGGAGACAUAUCUCCAUUCGCUGCUGAAAGAACCACUACGUCCUAUAAAUGGAAAUCCUGUACAUCAGCACGGAAUUUACUCAAUGGCGGACAAGCCAACUGCUGCUUCCUUGGCGUGUCUAAGGAAUUCGAAACUGGUGCAAGAUAACGUGUCAGGAAUAAUGCAUCGUGUGGAUGGUAUUAAACUGGAUGAUCCAACACCAACAUCUAGUGCGAGCCCAACCAGGUUCGCCGUCUUGACGCAAGGCGAUAAGUUAAAUCAGAUUAAGGCUAGAAGAAGCGGUCUUCCCUCGAGCCCAGUUUCCAUCACUACUCCUACGGGACCUUCGGCAGUUGUUCAUCCGUACUUAGGUCCUUUGCUGCACUCAAGAAGUCAAAAAGGUGCAAUCGGAACAUCUGGAUCUAAGGAGAAGGACACAGCAAAACGGAUCCUGUCCCGAUCGACAACAACGACCAUUGUAAAAAGAAACACUUGGCUGGUGAGCAGUAGCUGCGAGCCAUCAUCCCGUCGCGUUAAUUCAAAACCAGCGACACAGAUCCAUAACAACAACAACAACAACAACACCGCCCCCGUCGCAACAAUUUCCAUGUCAAAACCCGUGACGAGGGCCAGCGUGCGAGCCUCCUGCGUGGCAGAGGCACGCGCCACGAUCUCGUCGACGAAUCACUCUGUUCAACAGUCGCAACCAAGCAUGAACAUGAUCCUCAGGUCGGCAGAUCGUGUUACCCGCUACCAUUCUCUCAGGCAGUACCGAUUGGACAUAUAUGUGCUACCUGGGAAUUCUCGAGAAGGAAGACAACUGAAGACAACCGUUGGCCAAAAAUAUGUCUCAAAGAAGAAUUAAGAAACUGGGAGAAGGGAUCAAAGUGGAUGAAGGAAGUGGAAAUGACAUUAAGAAGAGUGGGGGAUGGGGAAACAUUGCGUGACCUGAGGGAAUCUCUUCUGAGGGACCUGAGGGAACCGCGAGAACUUCUAAUAAGGGUGGAUUAAGGAUGCAAAACAAUUGAGGAUCAAACGAUACAGGAGGAUUGGAAUCGAAAUUGUCGCCUCGAGGUACUGUCCAGAGGACGGCGAAUGGAAAGGUGUGAUAUGAGAAAUAUUAGGGCGAGCAAAAUACAAAACUUAAGGACAAAGAACAAUGGGCAAGAAUGAGAUGCGGUAAUGUGGACGAGCGGCGAACAAAAGGUACGAAGAUGUUAAAUGAAGAUUAUGUGCAGCGGAGAAAAAAAAUUUGAAGUAUAUAUUGGACUGUAAAGAAUUUAAGAAAGUAGUAAAAGCGGAUUUGAGGAUGGAGGUGGAAGGAAUUCUGAAAGGAGGAGAGGGUGCCCGAAUGCAGUGAAAGCGAAUUUUGGGUGGAUAGGUAAGGGUGAAAUUGUGCGAGCAUUGCAGGAUAUUUGAAAGAAGUGCAAGGGCGAAGGAACAGACGGAGCUAUGGGAGAGGAUGUGAUGGGACGGGGAUAGAGCGAGUCAGUGAGGAAACCAAAGGAUGUAGGGAGUUGCAUUCCCAAACCUAAGUUAAGCGAAAGUUUAAUAUUGUUUAAUGGUUCUACGAUUCUUAAGCCCAAGAGGGCAAGAACGCCUAAUAAAAAUCUAAUCUAGUGACUUAUGUACUUGGCAUUAUAAUGUAAUUUCAAUAUUUUUUGUUACGAGAAUUCACAGUAGUCCUAUAUUUGGCGCGUUUUUUGUUUACAUAAAAGUGUUUUUGUGGAGAUUUAAUUCUACGACAGAAUCUUUGGACAAAUUAAGGGAAAAAGAAAUUUAUCUAACUUGAAACAACCUACCUUCUUGAAACUAUCAACAUUAUCACAGUUAAAUUUCAUGUAAAA